CUGUAUAGUAUUAAAUUCAUAUUUUAUUAUAUAUACAAAAUAUAGUAUAUAUUUUUAUAUAUAUACUAAAUUUGUAUACAUACAACUAUAUAUAGACUCGUUUUGUAUAGCACAGCACAGUUCAUCCACAUCUCCUCAUUGGAUCAUCAAUCGAACAAUAACAUGAAAACCAAAGGCUUUUCCGAUUUAUACCUUGUUCUUUCUCUGGUCUUCUGCUUUGUGGUCUUUCAAGGUUCCGUACAUGGUCGUCUGCUCUCCAUCUCCAAACCCAAACCUGAUAAUGCGGCCCCUUUCGCUCGAUGGUUGGUCUCUCAGAGUUCUUGGGGGGUCUUAAAUACCAUCUCAAGUGAUCUGGGAGGAGCACCUUUUGGAAAUGUGGUUUCCUUCAGUGAUGGGCUACCUGGGAAAGGCCGCGGAAUUCCAUACUUCUAUUUGACAACCCUUGAUCCAACUGCGAGUAAUGCACUGAAAGAUCAGAGGUCUUCCUUCACAAUCAGUGAAUAUCCAAUUGGAACUUGUAACAAAGCAGAUCCUGAGAAUCCCACAUGCUCAAAAAUUACACUCACAGGAAAGUUACGCGUACUUGAUGAGAAUUCCAGUGAAGCUAAAUUUGCUCAAACCGCCUUGUUUGCAAAGCAUCCUGAGAUGAAGGACUGGCCUAAGGAUCAUGAUUUUCAGAUCUUCAAAUUAGAAAUUGAAGAUAUCUUUAUGAUCAAUUGGUUUGGUGGUCCAAAACCUCUGACGGUGGAACAGUACCUGCAUGAAAAAAUGAACGAACACUCCUUCAUUCUCUGAAUAUGCUUCUGAUCUCCAUCCUUCCAAUGUAUUUGUGUGUUGGACCUGAAAGGCGCUCCAUUGUAGAGUAUAUUACAAACCCUUUGUAAAUAAAUGUAUGUUACAUUUUUAUGUAAAUAAGUUUAUAUCAUGUAAUUAUCAUGCCCCUAUUGUCCAGGAAUAUAAUCCUAGACAAUAAACUUAAACUGGAGCUUGAAGUCAGGCUCAUUAUUAUUUAUACCAAAAUGUUAAAUAAUCUUCUGCUA